AUGCAUUUCAAGGACAGAUUCAACCACAAGGGCACACCGGUGGAAGUCUUGGGUGACGAUUCCUGCUCCCUCGGCUCAUCCUCCCCGUCGCUACAGGCGAUGGUGUCUGCACCUCUGUUGGGUAGAACUGUUUGUGCAAGUUGCAGCGAGGACAUUUUGGAUAAAUACUUGCUGAAGGUUAACGACCUGUGCUGGCAUGUGCGUUGUCUCUCCUGUAGCGUGUGCCAAACAUCGCUUGGCAGUCAUACAAGUUGUUACAUCAAAGAAAAAGAGGUCUUUUGCAAAUUGGACUACUUUAGAAGAUAUGGAACAUGGUGCGCGUGCUGCGGUCGAAAUAUCCACUCUACAGACUGGGUCCGCCGGGCGAAGGGCAACGUGUACCACCUGGCGUGUUUCGCCUGUUUCUCCUGUAAGAGGCAGCUGUCCACGGGGGAAGAGUUUGCCCUGGUGGAGGAGAAGGUGCUGUGUCGUGUCCACUACGACUGUAUGCUGGACAACCUGAAACGGGCCGUGGAGAAAGGAAAUGGUGUGAACCUAGAGGGGGCGAUGCCAACAGAACAGGAAGUGAAUCAGCCCAAGCCGUCGAAAAGAGCGCGCACCAGCUUCACCGCUGACCAAUUACAGGUGAUGCAGGCCCAGUUUGCCCAGGACAACAACCCAGAUGCCCAGACCCUGCAGAAGCUGGCAGAGCAGACAGGCCUGAGUAGGAGAGUCAUACAGGUUUGGUUCCAGAACUGCAGAGCACGCCAUAAGAAGCAUGUGAGCCCCAACCACUCCUCAGCCACCCCCCUGUCCUCCCUGCAGCCCGGUCGCCACUCCCAGCCCACCCCGGCCCCAGAAGAGCUGCAGUACACAGCCUACGGCACCCCAGAGGGCUCCAUGCUCACCGCGCUGCACUCCUACAUCGAUGUGCACUCCCCUCAGUCUAUGCUGUUCCAUCCCCUGCUGCCCCCCCACGCCAUGACCUCCCUUCCUGUGACCCACGCCUGA